CAGAGAAUUGGAUGGAAUGAGCACCCUUGCUACGCUGACCAACACUUCUCCAUCGUCACCAUUGCCUGGAUGCAAACAAGAAGAGGAAGAAGAGUGUUCUGAGGUACAUAUGUGUGUGUUGUGGUACGGAGGGCAACUGGGGAUCACCUAUUAUGAUACAGAAGACUGCUCAGUUUAUUUCAUGCCUGACAUGCCUGAUAAUGAGCACCUCAAGCUGCUGCAAAAAGUGAUUGAUGAAGUCUUUCCUCGAUGCAUUGUGACGAGUGCCAAGCAGGACCAUCACUUUGCCAAAUUCCUGACCAACAUCAGUUCUACUGGAGAUGAGUUUGUGAAGAAACCAGAAAUUGUCCUCUUUCCCAGUGCAGACUUUGGCCUAGAAGUGAGCAAGCAGCGGAUACUAUCUAGACAGUUCCCAUUUAUUCCCUCCCAUAUGACUGCAACAGAGAAAAUUCUUUAUUUGUCCUCCGUUAUUCCCUUUGAGAGCCCACUCAUGGUACGAGCACUAGGUGGGCUGCUGAAGUUUCUUGACAGGAGACGGGUUGGAGUUGAAUUAGAAGAUAGCACUGUUGGAGUCCCUAUCUUGGCCUUUAAAAAGUAUGUGCUAACAGAUAUUGUGAAUAUGGACCAAGAUACCUACUAUGUCCUUCAGAUAUUUAAAAGUGAGGUGCAUCCUUCUGUGUACAAACUAGCCAGUGGGCUGAAAGAAGGAUUCAGCUUAUACGGCAUUUUAAACCGCUGCAGAUGCAAGUGGGGAGAGAAACUGCUGCGGCUGUGGCUCAUGCGGCCCACCCGGAACCUGACAGAGCUGAACAAACGGCUAGAUGUUAUCCAGUUCUUCUUGCUGGCUCAGAAUCACGAGACAGUCCUGACCCUUCAAGACUGCCUCAAGAAUAUAAAAAAUGUCCCCCUAAUUCUGAGAAGAAUGACUCUUUCCAACACAAAGGUUAGUGACUGGCAGGCACUCUAUAAGACAGCGUACAGCGCAGUGUGCCUUAGAGACACAUGUCGUUCCUUGCCCAGUACCAUUGAGCUCUUCCAGACAAUCUCACAUGUGUUCACAGAUGACCUGCACUACAUUGCCAGCCUUAUCAGCAAAGUGAUAGAUUUUGAAGGGAGCAUCUCAGAAAAUCGCUUCACUGUCAGACCCAAUGUGGACCCCACCAUCGAUGAAAAGAAACGGAAGCUGAUGGGUCUCUCAGACUUCCUUACAGAGGUGGCCAGAAAGGAACUGGAGACCCUAGACAAUCGUAUACCUUCUUGUUGUGUGAUCUACAUCCCCUUGAUUGGGUUCCUACUCUCCAUUCCACGGCUUCCCACAAUGGUGGACAAGAGUGACUUUGAGAUUGAAGGCCUGGACUUCAUGUUCCUGUCAGAAGAUAAACUGCACUAUAGAACUGCUAGGACUAAGGAACUAGACAGCAUGCUAGGUGAUCUGCACUGUGAGAUCAGGGAUCAGGAAACACUUAUUAUGCACCAGCUACAGACAAAAAUCUUGGAGAAGUCUGCGGUGCUCAGCAAUGUUAUUGAAUUCACAGCACACCUGGAUGUGCUGUUAGCUCUGGCAGUGAUGGCUCGAGAAAAUGGCUACUGCCGGCCACGUUUUACCCAAAGCCAUGGCAUCCGCAUCAAGGGUGGCAGGCACCCACUCAUGGAGCUAUGUGCUAAGACUUUUGUGCCCAAUCCUGUGGAGAGUGGAGAGGUUACUGGGAGGAUAAAAAUCCUCACGGGGCCCAAUUCAUCUGGGAAGAGUGUAUACUUAAAGCAGGUAGGUCUUAUAACAUUCAUGGCCUUAAUUGGUAGUUAUGUCCCUGCUUCUGAGGCUGAAAUUGGAGCAGUUGAUGGGAUUUACACCAGAAUCCACAGCAGGGAGUCAGUGUCAUUGGGUCUCUCUACUUUCAUGAUUGAUCUCAACCAGGUUGCCAAGGCAGUGAACAAUGCCACAGCAUGGUCCUUGGUACUUAUUGAUGAGUUUGGCAAAGGGACCAACACAGUGGAUGGCCUUUCUCUUUUGGCUGCUGUGCUGAAGUACUGGAUCAACCAGGGAACUCAAUGCCCACAGGUCUUUGUCUCCACUAAUUUUCACAGCUUAAUGCAGCUGAAACUCCUACCUGACACUCCUCUUGUGCAGUACCUGACCAUGGAGACCCAUCAAGAUGGACAUGAGCUGGUAUUCUUCUAUCAGCUCAAGGAAGGAGUGUCCACUGUAAGCCAUGCUGCUAAUAUUGCUGCACUGGCUGGGAUGCCACACAAAGUGACUGCACGAGGUGUGGAAGUAUCAGAGCUUAUUCGAAAUGGAAAACCCAUCAGACGUAUUGAACAUCCUUCCCAGAACAACCAGCUGGAGAGAUGCAAAUCUCUAGUAGAAAAAUUUCUUUGCCUAGACCUAGAGGACCCCCAUGUGGAUUUAGAGGAGUUCAUGCAUCAGGAGGUGCUGCCCUCUGCAGCUUCAGUUCUGUAAUAGGUGCAAGCACAGAAAUAUGGAUGACAUGCUAUAUAAGCUUCCCUCAUUCAGUAGAAAGAGCUGAAAGGGUGAGAGGGAAGGAACUUAAAAUUUCCCUGUAAGUUUAUAUUAAUGAAAUAUUUUUUCCCUUCUUGGCAUUUUUUCCAGCUCCAAAUAAGAAAUCUGAUCCAGUACACAAAGCCAGAUAUUCAGGAUUAUAUGUUCUCAAUUAGAGAUAAAAUAACUUCUGCAAUAGACAUUCAUUUGUAAUUAAUUUGACUUAUAACCACACCCAAUAUUUAAUUUUUAUAAGCUUCUGAUAAUACAUAAGGCAUGUUUACUUCCUGUGUUUCAAACAGCUUCUGUAGCUAUAAAUAUGUCUGCUAAAUGAUCUUUUUACCUAAAGAUGUCAGAGCAGAAGGGCUGGUAGUUAGGGAGGCUAAUUUCUGAUCUUCCAGUUAAGGUCUUAAGCAUUUUAUCCCCCUGCCUACACAUCUAUAACUUGCAUAUCUAAUAACCUGAGAGCACAAUUUGAAGCUUAAAAGUUUAUAAAGUUCUUUGAGAUGAUCAGACAAAAAGAUCAUAGUUUAGGAUUUAUCCCUCCUAGGUUAUCAGUACUGUGAAUGCAAUGUUCAAUCCCUUAUAAUUUAUUGUAUUAUGCUAUGGUGACUCUUAGUUUAGUAUCAACAUCAAAAGAUUUCAGUGACAACUGCAUCCUACUCUUCAUAAACAGGAAAAAGUAAAAUUUGUCAGAGUGUGAAGCACUGAAAUUGAGGCUAAUAAAGAAAAAAAGAGGAUGAUUUCAUCUGCUUUAUGGUUUCUCUUACACCAUAAUCCAUCUUCAAAAAAUGGCACUCCCAACAAAGAGAGAUGAUAAACACGCUAUACAUAUGCACUAUAUGCACGCUAUAGUUUGGAACUUCUGGGGAAAACCAUAUUCAAGCUCUGAUUAGUGUUGGUCGCAUGAAAAGUUAAAUGCUGGCUGCAUCUGAAUUUCUACUGGUUGUUCUUUCACAUAAUAAAAUGACAGACAUGACUUAUCUUAACAGACAAUCUCUGUUCAGAAGAAGCCAAGUUAAUGAGUGGCUAAAGAAUCUUAGUAGCCACAGUUCCUUUGAGGAAAGGGAAUAAUACCUAAAGUAGAUAAGCAUUCAUGGCCUUAAUUGGAAGCUCUGUUCCUGCAACAGAGGCUAAGACUAGGGCAGUUGAUGGGAUUUACAACAGGAACCACAGCAGAAAGUCAGUGUGUCUACAUCUCUCCUUUGAAUGAUGCAGAUCAAAAUCAGUGUGUGCUGGCAGAACUGAGUGAGGAUGAGUUCAGCUUGAAGAAAGGGCUCUAUUAUAAGAAUGCAGCUAUGUGGUACAUUAAUACUACUCACUUUUAGAAACAUACAAAACUAAUAAAAUCACAAAUGCAAAAAGAAAGGCAGUCAAAUAAUAUAUUAAGUCAAAAUUUUAAUAUCUGUUUUCAAGUUCCAAACAAAAAUCUAAG